UCACUGGCCCCUCCUAGGCAAGGUCUAAAGAAUAACUUGCUCAUAGGUAAGAAAAUCGAAGUGUUACCCUAACGCUGACGGGGUCAUUAGGUCGAUGAAAGUGCUCUUCGACAACGGAGAAAACCUACGUUUCGGGCAGCACAUUGUCCCGCUCAAGGUUAAAAAGCCCACGACGAAGAGAGAGAGAGAGCAGCUGGAUACCGAGAUCUACGACAGCAGCAGCGAGGCAGGAAACGACGAGAUUCCAGACUCCCAGAGUGAACUGAGUGAAGCAGAGUCGUGCAAGUGAAAGUGGUAGGAGAGGCAUGAGCGAGACAGUAGAUGAAGCAGGUGUGCGUACGAAAAGGAGAGCAGCUGUUGAACAGAGAAAAGGAAUGUCUGAGCAGGGACACGUUAACCAUGGACUGGCUCUGGAUGAAGGAGGAGGACCGGACAGUCACAUCUCUGGAGCAAAGGUCUUGGGGCAGCCCUCGCCCGUUGGCGAAGUUCAGGAGGACGCAUACCCUAAGAGAGCACAGUGGACCAACCAGAGGGAAUUUCUCCUCUCUUGCAUUGCCAUGUCUGUUGGAGUAGGCAACAUCUGGCGUUUCCCCUUCAUCGCCUAUGACAACGGGGGAGGAGCGUUCCUUAUUCCUUACAUUCUCGUCUUGAUGUUCAUUGGGAAGCCCCUGUACUACAUGGAGUUUGUCCUUGGCCAGUUUGCAUCCUGUGGUCCUGUGAAGAUAUGGGAAAUCUGCCCUGCCUUCAGAGGUGUGGGAUAUGGGCAGGCCAUAGCAGCUUGGACAGUACUGACCUUCUAUGUUUCUUUGAUGGGUCUUUGUGCUUACUACUUCUUUGCCUCCUUCUCGAGUGUCUUGCCAUGGGCAACAUGUGGUCCUUGGGCUUCUGCAGGAUGUUUUGAUACCAAUAUGACAGGAAACCUGACAUCUAAUAGCUCUACUCGUGUUUCAGCUGCAGAGGAGUAUUUCAAGAAAGUGGUGUUGAAAGUCGACCCUCAGGGAUUUGACAACGGCCUAGGUUCGCCUGACAUGCAUUUAGCACUAUGCCUCCUCCUAUCCUGGAUAUUUGUGUUCCUCUCACAAGUCAAAGGAGUCAAAAGCACAGGAAAAGCCGCAUACUUCACUGCCAUCUUUCCAUAUGUCGUUCUUCUUAUCAUGUUGAUUCGGGGAUUAACACUUCCUGGAGCUUUCAAAGGUGUCCUAUACUUUAUUACUCCAAGGUGGAAGAAGCUCCUUGAUCCAGGAGUCUGGUAUGCAGCUGUGGACCAGUGCUUCUUCAGCUUAUCAGUUGGUUUUGGAAUGGUCACAAUUUUUUCAUCUUACAAUCCUUUCCGGCAAAAUGUUUACCGGGAUGCAGCAAUCAUCUCUUUCAUGGAUACAUUUACUUGUAUUUUUGGCGGGGUAACAAUCUUCUCCAUAUUAGGUCAUUUGGCAGAAUUACUUGGUGUUGAAAUUGAUGAGGUGGUUAGAGGUGGAGGUACACCAUUAGCAUUUGUCAGUUACCCAGAUGCUUUGGCAAGAUUUGAAUAUGUCCCACAGCUCUUUUCUGCUCUCUUCUUUUUUAUGCUCUUCACUCUAGGAGUUGGAAGUGCCAUAGGUUAUAACCAGGUGGCUAUUACGAUCAUCUGUGAUGAGUUUCCAAAUGCAACGCAAUGGAAGGUGGCUCUCGUGGCAUCCCUGGCUGGAUUGUCAACAGGAAUAAUCUACACGAUUCCUCAAGGCCAACACAUUCUGACUAUCGUGAAUUACUAUGGAGGUGGAAUGCCGGUUAUCUUCCUUAUGAUCUGUGAGCUCAUAGCCAUCAUGUGGAUCUAUGGCAUCAAGAAUUUUCUUCGAGACAUCGAGUUCAUGCUGAACCGAAAGAUGAGCAUCUACUGGAAGGCGUGCUGGGUUUUCUUUAUUCCUCUCUUCCUCAUUCUCGUCUUUAUUUACGGUCAAAUAACGUCCGAGCGGCUUAACUACGGCGAUUACGUUUUUGGUGAUGCUCCUACAUACUUUGGUAUGGCCAUAGCCAUUAUAGCUUGCCUUAUGUUGCCGUUAAAUUUCUUCAUUUUACUAAUUAAACGAUGGGACAAGGAUUGCAGUGUUUGGCAGAAUAUAGCACAUCUCUUCAAGCCAACUUCAAAUUGGUGUCCCAAAGACCCUAAACUUCGCCAGGAAUAUCUCCAAUUUAAACAAAAUCACGAACAGUCUGUUAGUAUGUGAGAAAACAAGGUCAAAUGAAGUGUCAUCCAUGAGAAAAGUAAUUCAACUGAAUCAACAAGAGAGUAUACAGUUAAAUUAUAUUUUUAGUGAAUGUCCCUAAAAUCUUAGUGAACAUGCUCUACAGUGAUUAUAAAGUAGAUGUUGAGCAUAAAAUAUAUUGUGGUAGCGGACUUAUAAAAAUAAAUUCUUUGAACAUAGAAAAAGAUAUCCUCAUCUACAAUGACUUCAGCAAUUGUUGUUUGUCUUGUACACAGAGUUACAGAUAGCUUUCAUUGCUGACUUCCAUUUGCAUAUGAAAGCGAAUUUCAGGUUCAAUGCGUUCCACAGGAGUCAGCAUGUAAAGCGUUCUCUGCAGGUCAAUAUGAAACUUCAGUGUGGACAUCUCAGGUUUUUUAAUUACUUUCUCAUUUCUGACACCUCGUUCUUCUGUUCUCAUAUGUUUUUUCUUCUGUUCUCUUAUGUGUUUCCACCUGCCAGUCCCUCCAUUCAUCUAUAUAUAGUUCCUCUUUGUUAUCCUGCUCACUUGCUGACCACAUUCAAUUUACACAUAUACAGUGGUCGCCCCGUAUUCGCGGGGGAUGUGUACCAGACACCCCCGCAAAUAGUUGGAACCCGUAUAAAAGCGCUUAAAACGGCAAACAGGCAGUCCUUAGCUUACGACGAGUUCAGCAUACAACAUUCCGAGGUUAUGAUACUUUUCAAUUAUAUUCAUCAGAAAUUAUUUCCAGGUUUACGACGCAUGUUCCAGGGUUGCAGUGCUUAUGACGCCGAUCUGAUCGAAGAAAUAUGAUUCCAAAAUUUGCAAAAUAAUCAAUAUUUGAAGUUUUUUUUUGAAAAAUGCAAUGAAAUGCAGUUUAGUUUUUAAUACACCCAAAGCAUUAAAAGUAAGGUUUUCUUAGGAUUUUUGACAAUUUUCCAGCUUAAGACGUGUCUCAAGAACGGAACCCCCAUUGUAAGCCAGGGACUGCCUAGAUUUUGUUAGUUAAAACUCGAGAAACACCUACUAAAAAUGUUAUACCUGGUUUUUUAAUAGUUUUAUCACAAAAAGUCCAUUUUAUGAUGAAACUGAUAAAAGAAAAAGAAAAGAAUUUGUGAAUAUUUCUCAGAAAAAUACCGCGAAUAGGCGUUCCAGCGAGAAAUCCGCGAAUGCGCAAAUCCACGAAUACGGGGGUUCACUGUAGUUAAAUUACAUGCUUUGCUUCUCUCUCUUUAUUGUCUUUAUAAACUAGUUGCAUCAAAAAAACCUGCAAUCAUUUGUAAAGGUAUCCAGGUGGUUACAACUGGUUGCUUUUAUUGCAAAUUCCCAACAGGUUCUUACAAUAUUUAUCACUAGUAUUUGGAAUUAGGAGUCAAUAUAAUUAAGUAUUCAUUUACCUCAAAGUCGCAAGGAUAUUGUCCAGACCUGUAGGGUUUUUUUAUAUACCAUGUUGGUCAAUGUUACGUUAACCUGUUCCUUUUCAAACCUUUCCUAGUUGUCGAUCUUUACAUCCAGAUGGAUUAUUACUCCUAUUCAGUUUACAUACAAGGCAAAUAUAUUUAAAACAUCUUACAAAGCCGACUUUCUCAUUGUCUUUCAAAAUGAUAAUGUGAAAUGCUUAAAGUUCCUGGUAAUUUUAGUUUUACUAACAUCUGUCAUAUUGUAAAUAAACUUCUUUCAACACAUGAAAACAUUCUGAAGGACCAUCAUUUAUCAUUGGAUGUAAUUCCUGGAGUCCAUGUUAUUUGUCAUUGCGAGCUAUGUGCUGUCUUUAGUAGCCUACUAAACAGAGUUCCGUAUUUUCAUCUUAACAAGCCUACACCCUGAACUAGGUUCCAAGUUACUGCUGCAACCU